AUGUUUAAUAAGGUUGUAAUUAUCAAAGGGAAGUAUAACUUAUACGAUAAAAAAGUAAACAAGAAUACUGUAUUUUAUUUCUGUUGUAACCAGGGAAAAAUCAGAAUAAAUUUUACAAAACAAGUAAAAAAUAUAUUAUCUAUUAACAUAUACGAUAACAAUGUUAAGUAUACACUUACAAAUAAAAACAAAGACACAUUUGAGAUGCAGUUCUUUAAAUUAACAAAGUUGAUAAUUCAAAAUGCACAAGUAGAAAUAAUUAAUGAAAAAAGGACAUGCAUAAAUAAUUUAUUUAAAUGCAGAUUUUAUUUUUUUGGAUCCUAUGAACUAUUUUUUUCAUAUUUUUUCUCUGUCUUAUUACGCUUUCUUAUGAAAAAUUACAUGUAUGUUAUUUUUAUUAACUUGCCUGUAUAUGCCAUUUUUUAUAUUAAAAAUCAGCCAAUGGGUUUAAAACAAAAUACAAUUAUUAAGAAAAAUCUUGCACUAGUAUUUGAAAGUAUAAAUCAGUGCCAGGUUAUGCUUUUUAAAUAUUUUUAUAUUAUUUCUCUAGUAACUAACUUAGAUAAAGUAUUAAUGAAAAUUGGUAUAAAUUUUAUAUUUAAAAUUUAUAAAUUUAAUUUAAAUACAUUAAUUGAGUUAUUAAGCUUAUUUAGUGAUAAAUCGUAUAAUGUAGUAAAAAAAAGAUAUGAUAAAAUUACUUUAAAUGUAGAUCAAAUUAUUAUUGGUGUUAUAUUAUUCAGUAUUUUAAUACUUACAUUUAUUAAUAUUAUGCCUUAUUAUAUUUUUUAUGUUUUGUACUAUUUAAUUUAUCUUUUGUUAGAAAUUUCGGAGCAGUUUAUUAUUAUUAUUUUAUGCAGAUUUAAUAAUUUUUAUUUUUUAGAUGUUGAAGAUAAAAAUUAUAUUAAAAGUGUAACUUAUUGUACGAAAAUUAAUUUGUUAAAAAAGAAAAUAAAGAUUUAUAAUAUCCUUCGUGGAGAGCUUAUGAAUAAAAAAUAA